AAAGUGCCACGAAACCACAGUCAGCGGCUAUUCCGAAUCCGUGAAAUAAGGAGCCUGGGAAUUAGUGGAAGGACAGGACUGAGCAGACAUGGACGUGUACGACCCUCAGACGCUUGGCUUCAUGGUGUUUGGUGGAUUCAUGGUGUUCUCAGCCAUUGGAAUUGCCCUAGUGUCCACCCUCUCCAUGAAGGAGACCUCUUAUGAAGAAGCGCUGGCCAAGCAGCGACGGGAGCUGGGCAAAACCCAGCCCCAGCGUUCUGAGAAAAAGAAGAAGUCCUCUGACAAGAAAAACAAGGCCAAGAAGAAGGAAGAGAAGCCUAAUGGAAAGCUUCCAGAACCGGAACCAGUACCAGAACCUGCUCCUGAACUGGCUGUACAGCCUGUUGAUAUUAGUGAACCAGAACCCGAUCCUGUGUCUGUCCCUGCUCCCGAGCCAGUCGUCGCUGAACCAGCGGAGGUAGUCUCUCCUGCUCCUCCCCCUGCUCCUGUUGUGGCGGAGGCUCCUCCUGUCCCAUCCCCCAAGGAGAAGAAGAAGAAAGAGAAGAAAGUGGCCAAGGUUGAACCAGCCCCAGCUAUGACAGUAGAGGUGCAAGAGACUGUCGUUGCUAAGGAGGUGCUGGUUACUGCUGUGGCCCCAGUUAUUGCUGAAGUUGUUCCGGAGGUUUCUGCUCCAGCUCCGGCUGCCCCAGUCAAACCGGAUGAACCAAAACCUGAAGUUCAGUCCAAGAAAAAGUCUAAGAAGAAGGCUGAGCCAGCUGUUCCUGCGGAUACAGCUGAUGCACCUCUCCUGUUACCUUUCAAGACUCUGGUAUCCACCCUGACCAGUAUGGUCUUCAGUGAAGGAGAGGCCCAGAAACUUGUGGAGAUCAUCUGUGAGAAGUCUGGUCAAGACACCUGGCAACUGGCUUCUCAGAAAGGUGACCCCCUGGCUGCACUGAAGAAACAGCUGGAGGAGAAGGAUAAGCAGCUGGUUAUGGAGCAAGAGGAGGCCGCUUCCGCGAAGAAUCGCCUGAAGGAACUCACCAAGGAGCUGAGCGAUGAGAAGUCUAAGAUGGCAUCCGCAGAGACGCGUCUGAGCUCUGAGCUGGGUGCUCGUGAGCAGGAGAUGAAGGCUCUCCAAGACCGCAUGCAGGCCACCUAUCAGGAGCACUUGGCUGAGACCCAGCAGCUCAACACCAAGAUCCAGAACCUGCAGGAACAGCUGGAGAAUGGACCUAAUGCUCAGCUGGCCCGUUUGCAGCAAGAGAACUCAAUCCUCAGAGAUGCCCUGAAUCAAGCUACCAGCCAGGCAGAGAGCAGGCAGAAUGCAGAAAUGGCUAAGCUGCGUCAGGACUGCGUGCGUUUGAGUCGUGAGCUGGGCGACAGAGCCGAGGCCCUGCAGGCUGAAGAGGAGCGCCGGAAGGCUCUGGAAGCCAAGAUGACCGCAACUGAGGAACAGCUAGCCCAAAUGCAGGCCAGUCGUGCGGAGAGUGAGCAGACGCUUCAGCAGAAACUGGAACAGGUGAAGGAGGAACUGCAACGGGCACAGGAGGAUAGUGUGGCACUGCAGGCCCAGCUGAAUCAGGCCCAGCAGGACUCAACCGUCGUCUCCGAGCUGCAGGAGCGUGUGGCCAGCACUGAGGCUGAGCUGAAAGAGAAAUGUGCUGAACUGGAAGAAGUCAGAGCACAGGUCGACCAGGACCAGGCUCAGGUGGAGAAGACUGUCGAGGUGGCUGAGAGUGUUGACAACUCUGGAGAGAUUGAACAACUGAAGAACAGUUUGAAGGAGAAGGAGAACCAGGUAAUUUCACUGGAAGGAGAGCUGAGCCAGCUGAAAGAAGAACUGGAACAAGUUAAGAGUGCACAGUCUCAACAGAACAGUCUUCAAGAGGCAGAGGACGUUGCAUCACCACCUGAAGAACAAGAAGAGUCAGGAGCAGCACAGGUUGAUGCAAUGGAGAUUGAGCGACUACAGAACUGUUUGAAGGAGAAGGAGAGCUUAGUGGCAUCUCUUGAAGAACAACUUGAGAAGAUCAAGGAGAGCACAAGUAGUUCUGAAAGCCCAGCAGAGGUUGAGCAGCUACAGAGCAGUCUGAAAGAGAGGGAUGAGAAGGUGGCAUCACUGGAGGAGGAGCUGAAACAGAUGAAGACCGAGGUGGAAGAGAUGAAGAGCACAGAAUCUCAAGGUGAAAGCGUCAGUGAGUCUGAACAGCCGUUUGAAAGUCUGGAAAAAGAUGCUCAUAUGAUCUCUCUGGAAGAUGAGCUUCAGCGAUUGAAGGAUGAAAUGGAACAAGUUAAAAACAAGAGCAACGAACUCCGUGAGAAGAACUACGCGGCGAUGGAAGCUUUGGCAGCAGCAGAGAGGAUGAAUGAGGAGAGACUUAGCCAGGCCAAGGCUGUACAGAGUGAAUUUGAGCAGCAGCUGACCUCUUUUCAGACAGAGACCAGAAAUGCCCUCCAGAUCCUCUUUCCCCAUGUCUCUAUCGAAACAGACCAGAGCAACUGGUUGGAAGACUUUGUACAAAAAGCACAAGAAAGCCUUAAGGGAAAUCAGCACGUCCAGAAUGUUCAAGAGAAUGUGGAAACCACAGAAUCAACAGAGCUGCUACAGAAGCUUAAAGAAUAUGAAGAGUCUCAAAAAACACUACGAGAGGAAUGCGAUCAGUACAGAACUGUUUUAAGCGAAACGGAGGGAAUGUUGAAAGUCCUUCAGAAGAGCGUCGAGGAUGAGGGUCAAGUGUGGAAGACCAAGGUGGCAGAAGCAGAUGAGCAGCGCCAAACCGCUCUUGAGCAGGUGAAGAUGUUGGAGGUGGCCUUGGAGACCAUGAAAGCAGAGAACCAGAACGCAGAGCAGUUGAGGGAACAGGUGAUGCUCCUGGAAGCACAGCUGGAGAAACAGCUCGAGUCAAUAAACUUUAGCCAGACAUAUGCAGAAGAAGUGUCCCAGCUCAAGACCUUAUUAUCAGAGUCUCAAAGCCAGCUAGAAAAGGCCCAGUCUGAGGCUCAAAAACAAGCUAUGGAGCUCUCAGCGGUCAGGCAGCAGCUGAGGGAAGUGACUGAACGUGUACAGAUCGAGGAUGCGUCCGGGUUGCAGGGGAGCUCUACGGGGCUAGAGUCAACUCAAGAGUCCAAUCAGCUGCAGUCCCAGCUGGAGCUGUCUGAGGGGAGACUGCAAUCAGAGGAAGCUAUCAGACAGCAGCUAACCAAUGACUAUGAAGAGGCCCAGAAGUGUGUAAAUGAUCUUCAGGCACAGCUAGAAACCUUGAAGGCUGCCGGUGAAGCCCCAACUGCUGAAUUAAAGGAGAGAUUGGAGAAGGAAAAAAAACUGACGAAGGAUCUGGGCCAAGCAGCAACAAAGUUGCAGCAGCUCCUGAAGACCACACAGGAACAGCUGGCCAAGGAGAGAGAGACUGUUAAGACCCUGCAGGACCAGAUACAGGGCGAGGAAGGAGAGGAACCAAAAGAAGGAACCUCUGUCUGAUGCGACAACGUGGAUGUCAAAGCAACUGCCAAAAUGCCUUAAAUUUAUUUCUAUUAUGCAUUCAUUUCAUUAUAUUCUCUUGUACUGUAGUUAAUGUGAGAACUGUAGAAAAAAAUUAGGACCAUUAAGGGAGGGAGUAUGAAUACUCGAACAUGUUAUUUGUAUUUUGAUGGAGCAAGUUUCUGGCUGUGUCAGAGAUAUCUUCACAUUCCAAGCACAACACCAGGAUCCAGUGUUAACGAAAAGGGAAAGUGCAUGUGCCUAAAAAGCACAUCAACAAGUGCAAUCAGGUUUUUUUUCUCUCUCUCUCUUGCUCUCUCUCUUGCUCUCUCUCUUGCGCUCUCUCUCUCUCUCUC